AUGAGGACAAGAGGUGUACCGGAGAAAAUUGUGCGUUGGACCGAAGCCUUCUGCUCUGAUAGAACGGCCUCCCUCCAGGUCAAUGGUCAAGAAUCCGACGUACAGGAUCUGCCCCAAGCGGGUUUGCCGCAGGGCUCACCUUUGUCUCCUAUAGCAUAUCUGUUUUUCAACGCAGAUCUGGUCCAACGCAAGAUCGAUGCCAACGGAGGCGCAAUUGCAUUCAUUGACGACUUCACAGCCUGGGUCACUGGUCCAACGGCACAAAGCAACCUGGAGGGAAUUCAAUCGAUCGUCGAACACGCAACAGACUGGGAACGGCGCAGCGGAGCGACGUUCCAGGCGAAGAAGACUGCAAUUAUGCACUUUACUCGGAAUGCACAAAAAUUAGACACAACACCCAUCAUGAUCAAAGGGGAGAUGGUGAAACCCAAAGGACAUACCAAGAUUCUAGGUGUGGUGAUGGACACUCGGCUCAAAUUUCGACAGCAUAUUGCCGAAGCCGCGUCAAAGGGCCUGGAAGCGGCCAUGGAAUUGAAGAGACUCCGAGGAUUGUCAGCAAGAACGGCAAGGCAGUUGUUUGCCGCUACGGUGACUCCAAUAGUGGACUAUGCGUCUAACGUCUGGAUGCACGCCUACAAAGACAGAUUGAUGGGGCCGAUCAACCGCGUUCAGAGAGCGGGAGCGCAGGCCAUCGUGGGCACAUUCAUGACUGUGGCGACAUCGGUGGCAGAAGCUGAAGCGCACAUUGUGAGCGCGCGCGAGCGAUUUUGGAAAAGGGCCAUCAAGAUGUGGAUGGAUGUGCAUACACUGCCAGAGACGAAUCCGCUCAGCAGAAUUACGAGUCGGAUCAAGAAGUUUUACCCGUACUAUUUAUCACCACUACACCAGUCCCGCUGGAACCGUGGAGAGCCCGCCUGA